GCCCACGGGCCCCUGACUGGCUGGAGCCGGUGGCGGUGACGCCAUCUCCCGGCGACGCGCUGGCGCCGAGGCGCCAUGCCGGGCCGCCGGUCCUCUAGAGAGAAGAAGCGGCGCCGCUCUCGCUCUUGCUGCCCGGAACCCGCCGUGGCCGCGGGGGGCGGUGACAGGAAGCGGCGCAGCACCGAGGCCGGCCGCGGCCUCCCCGAGGAGAGAAAAUGCAUUGUGCCCCUGGCAGAAAAAGAGGAAGUAGGUGAAGAGCCCAGUGACAUAGAAGAAGGUGGCCUAGAUCUCACUGUGGCACUCAAACCAGUUAGUUUCUACAUUGCAGACAAAAAAGAAAUGCUUCAACAGUGCUUCUGUGUCAUAGGGGAAAAGAAAUUGCAGAAGAUGCUGCCUGAUAUAUUAAAGAACUGUUCAAUGGAAGAAAUCAAAAGACUUUGUCUGGAACAGUUAGAGCUUUUAUCUGAGAAAAAAUUGCUGAAGAUUCUCGAGGGUGAGAAUGGGACUGACUCUGAUACUGAUGAAGAUGCAGAUGAAGCAGACAAGACUGGAGUUGAAUCACUCAGUCAACAAGACAACAGCAUAGAUUCUACUUCUUAUCUGAAGGAAGACAACAAGCUGGAAAGUCUGGAAUCAAAACAAGCCAAAGGAGAAGAUAGUGAUGUCCUCAGUAUAAAUGCAGAUGCAUACGAUAGUGACAUAGAAGGCCCAUGCAAUGAAGAGGAGAGUCCACAUGUGCCAGAAAGUGCUGUCAGAAGUGGAGCUGGGCAGAUAGAUGACCUUCAGAAGGACAUUGAGAAAAGUGUGAAUGAGAUACUGGGGUUGGCAGAAUCCAGCCCAAAGGAGUCUAAAACAGCAUCCUUGGCCGUUCCUCCAUCAGAAGAUGUUCAGCCAUCAGCACAGCAGCUGGAGCUUCUGGAGCUUGAGAUGAGGGCCAGAGCUAUUAAGGCCCUGAUGAAAGCUGGCGAUGUAAAAAAAUAGCCUUAAGCAGUUGAAGGACAGAAAUGGAUGGGAAAGGGAGAAUGAACCGGAUCAAUUUAGUACACAGACUUCUGCCUAAAAAGUGGUCUGCCAGUGGCUUUACAAUUUUAUGUUGUCGUGGAACCUAGGAUUUCUUUGUAUUUAGGGCAGCAAAGGCAGGUAAUGGUAAAAGGGCAGUUGGUAAGACUUAUCCUUGCGGUCUGGGAUUCCUAGUUUGUGAAGUCGCAUAAUAUUGGAAUUGCUUUACUGUAAAUGUUUUGUGUUGUUCAGGUAUACCUCCCAUCAUUAAGUUUUGGGAUGAGAUGCAUCCCAAAGCUUCUCUCGUUCUUUGGAGUCUCAGAAUAGCAGAGAAUCUCUAUGCCUGAAGAAGAGUGAUUGCACCCAAAAAGCUUGCUAAGAACUUUUUUUUCCAAGUACUCACUUGGUCUAAUAAAAGAUAUUGCAUCUACUCAAAGAAGCUUGCCUCCCAUCAUUUAGGCACUGGUUACUUCACUCUGGCUUGCAAUGGACUGGACAGUUUCACCUGUAGGCAACAUUGUCAUUUAUACAACUCCAAUCUCAUAUGCUUUGUAGGACAAUACUGUUAUAAUUUACAGAAAGAACUGACCCUUAGCACUUGCCUCUGUCACUCUUUCAUUUCUAAUUUCAUUUGUUAGCUCUUCCUACCAUCCACCUUAUUGUAGUUUAGUGCCUGUAAAAGCCCAAGUAAUAAUAAUAAAAAACACUUAAUCUUAAGAGUGGAGGAAAAAUGAACCACACUUUAAUAACUAGUUGAUACAAGAACUGUUCAUUGAAUUUACACCCUCCCUUCGCUGCUGGAAUUCCCCAAACACUGUGCUUUCUUCAGCAAUUCCUCCUCACUCCAGGCGAAGUGCUAGAGUUGCCUGCUGCAACCCUCCCAUGUAUUUCUUUCAGGUCACUAAGCAGUGAAAGCUAAUGUCACGCAGCAACCUUUUUUCCCCAAAGGACAUAAUUUAGAGGAGCUCUGCAAAGCUCAAGUUAAACCGAGUUAAGCUCAAAGCUUACAUGUUGAAUGCCACCGCUGACCUGGUUGGCGGAGACCCCCAUAAACAAUAUUUUUAUGAAUUUAGUAGCGUUAAGUUACUAAUGAAUUCUGGGUUCUAUACAAACCAGUACUGCGAGGCAGUAACUUUUUUUUUAAUGGUAAAUUAAAACAGACUACUCUGAAUACUCCAUCUUUCUGGUUAUUGAAGGCAAGUAGCACUGACUUGAAUUCAGCUCCACCUUUCUACUGACCUUUUGGAUUUCAGGCUUUAGCAUGUGGCAUUGAUACUGUAAUGUCAAAGAGUUUAUUUUGAGGUCAACAUGCAGAAAUUCCACAUUCUGAAAUUUUUUUUUUUAAUAUGUGGUAUAGUGGAGAUAAAAAAGGCUUACUAUGCAUGUGACAAAGAAGGUAAGUAAUUGAACUUGAAAAGAAGCAGGGUUCUAGGAAAACUAAAUAGAGAUGUUUGCAAAUAAGUAAUUGUUUUAUAAUUGUAUUCUGUAUUAUAAAAAGGGCUGCAUGUGACUGAUUACUCAGGUGCUAAUUCAUUUUUGGGAUACUGAACUAUUGCUAUUUAGACUUGGAAUAUAUCAGCUACAUUACCCAGGCCCCUGCAUUGAUUCAUACCCUAUUUGUUUGCUGUACAAUUAAACUAUUCAGUGCAUUUUAAAUGGUUACUAGACUCCUAUUUUACAGUUUUACUUUUAAAUGUCUCCCUGGUUUGUUUGUUUGCUUUUUUCUUUUUAAAAAUUAUUUUAGUAAUUCGCUUUGGAGGAAGAGGCAAUUUCUAUGUAAAAUAUAGUCCUGAAUUAUUUAUGAAAUCUUAAAAUAA